AGUUUUUCUAAUGCAGCUGUUACGAUUUCCAUAUAAAAUAUUGUUAGAUUAUCUCUUUAAAAACUUCUGACUGAGAAAUUUCAUUUGUCCCUUCAUCGGCAACAAUGUUUCAUGCACCGAUUUCUUGCUCUUCCGUGACAACAGGCUGAAUCAUCACCUCACUUUUUUUAAGCAAUCACUUCAAUGUCUUAAUAGAUAGUACGAUUUCCCCAAAGAACAGAAUUAGUUUUGCCUGAUUUUGCACAUUCAUUAUCUCCUCACGAAUGCACGGUAAAUCAUUUUAUAAAUCAUUCCCAUCGAUUGGCACGUCAUCAUUUCAGCACCAAGAACAGCGAUAUUAUUAAACUUUCUUUUGUCCUUCCCAUGCCCAAUUAUAUUUUUAGUGAGGUACUUAUACAUUUUAACGUACGUUUAUUCUUGUUGUAGUUUUUUGUGAAAAUGUACUUCUUGCAGUAAUUGACAGGGUGCUUUGACUGAUUUUUUGAUUAUAAAGGAGAAAAAAAAGAACAAAAUAGAAAUACAUUUGAACCGUAAACUGUGUUGUAGUGUGCAAUCGACGAUUACAACGUGGAUUGUGUUGUUUCUCUCCAGCUCUCUCUGUCUCUGUCUCUGUCUUUCUCUUUCUCUCUCUCUCCCUCACUCUCUCGCUCUCUCGCUUCAAUUUCUUGUAUUAUUUACUUAAAAUCUUACUUGUUACACUUAGCUAACAGCAAGUCUUUUGAACAGUGUAAUUUAGGGAGCUGUUGUGCAGUUUUCUGUUAUGAACUCUUAGGGCCGCUGUUGACCAGAGUUUUGACGGAUGGGAGCAGGGUUAUAGCAGCUGAGUACCUCCCAUAUACGCCCGCAUAACGAGGACGGGGUAUUACGAGAACGACCAGGCAUUCUCGAUCCGCAGAAUUUCAGAUUAAAAAUACGACGAUUUAAGACUAUUCGAUGUACAGAGGACUGUAAAGCUACAAGACUGACGUCUGACUUUGGAACUCCUUUCACUCAGCUGGAUGCAUGUUCGCGUUGUGGAGCAUCGUUGAUAAAAUCCUAGGGUAGGACAAUGAAAGGGCCUGCGCUGUUGUGUUUUGCUCUCCUUUCCUUUGGCUCGGUAACUGGACAAGUCAGCUAUACAAUACCGGAGGAAAUGACUAAAGGAUCGUUAGUUGGUAAUAUAGCACAGGAUUUGGGUUUACAAAUCAAACGUUUAAUAUCAGGUAAAGCUCGAAUUUAUACCCGAGACAGCGACCAGUACGUCGAGCUGAACAGAGAAAGAGGAGUCCUCCUCGUUAAAGAAAGGAUCGACAGAGAGGCGCUGUGCAAACGGACGACACCGUGUGCUCUACAUUUUCAGAUCAUUUUGGAGAAUCCGAUGGAAUUUUAUACGGUUACAGUGCAGAUCACAGAUAUCAAUGAUAAUGCACCAACCUUUGAAGAAGCUGAUAUUGAAUUUAAAAUUAGUGAGUCGGCGGUAAUUGGUGCAAAAUUUGUUCUGGAAAGGGCUGUGGAUCUUGAUGUUGGCACCAAUGAUCUUCAAAGGUACGAAAUAAAACCAACUGACAAUUUCGUUCUUAAAAUGCAUAAUAAUGCUGAUGGCAAUAAAAAUGUUGAGAUGGUACUGCAGAAACCUUUGGACAGAGAGAAACAAGAGCAGAUAUCCCUCGUGUUAACAGCUGUAGAUGGAGGAGAGCCACAGAUGUCAGGAACAAUGCAGAUUCUCAUUACAGUUUUAGACGUUAAUGAUAAUGCGCCGGUUUUUACACAGCAAACAUACAAAGCUACAGUCACUGAGAAUUCACCUAAAGGAACAGUUGUUGCUACUGUUACAGCGUCAGACGCAGACCAAGGUUCGAACAGUAAAAUAACAUAUUCAAUCACAAACAAAGUGGAUGACGUCAGGAAAGUCUUUAACAUAAACAAGGAGAACGGCGAAGUGACUUUAAUUGGGAAUACUGACUUCGAGGAUUCACGAGGUUUUCAGUUAAGUUUACGUGCUAGUGAUGUUGGAGGACUAACAGAUUCCUGUAAACUGAUUGUUGAUGUUCUGGAUUUAAAUGACAACAAACCUGAAAUCAACAUAAUGUCUAAGUCGACUGUGAUUUCGGAGGAUGCUAAACUCAAUACAGUUGUUACAAUGAUAAACGUUGAAGACAGGGACACUGGAGAAAGAGGGAAUGUUCAAUGUUCAGUUAGUGAUAGUGUACCUUUCAUUUUGAAAUCAUCAACAAAUCACUUCUAUACCUUAGUAACAGACAGUGAUUUAGACAGAGAGAGAGCCUCUGAGUAUAACAUCACUGUGACCUGCUCUGAUGAGGGAGUGCCCUCCCUCUCCAGCAGCGUCACUCUCACCUUACAGAUCUCAGACGUUAAUGAUAACGCACCUGUCUUUGAGAGGAGCUCAUAUGAGGCCUACAUUGUAGAAAACAACACACCAGGUCUCUCUAUAUUCACAGUCAAAGCCACAGACGCUGACUGGAACCAGAAUGCCCGUGUUUCUUACAUACUGGAGGACUCCUCCGUUAACGGAGUGCCAGUCUCCUCAUAUGUGUCCGUUAGUGCUGAUAGUGGAGUCAUCCAUGCAGUGCGCUCUUUUGACUACGAGCAGAUCAAAGAUUUCCACUUCCGCGUAAAAGCGCAGGAUGGAGGCUCUCCUCCACUCAGCAGCAACGUGACUGUGAAAAUAAUGAUCCAGGACCAGAACGACAACCCCCCUCAGGUUCUGUACCCAGUCCAGACUGGUGGCUCUCUGGUGGCUGAAAUGGUGCCUCGUUCAGCAGAUGUGGGCUAUCUGGUGACUAAAGUGGUGGCUGUUGAUGUGGACUCUGGACAGAAUGCCUGGCUCUCCUAUAAACUGCAGAAAGCCACAGACAGGGCGCUGUUUGAAGUGGGCUUACAGAAUGGAGAAAUCAGAACUAUCCGCCAAGUCACUGAUAAAGAUGCUGUCAAACAAAGACUGACUGUUAUAGUGGAGGACAACGGGCAGCCCUCUCGUUCAGCUACAGUCAUUGUUAACGUGGCGGUGGCGGACAGCUUCCCUGAAGUGCUGUCGGAGUUCACUGAGUUGACCCACGACAAGGAGUACAAUGACAACCUGACUUUUUACUUAGUCUUGGCUCUGGCUGUAGUUUCCUUCCUCUUCAUCACGUGUUUAGUGGUUAUUAUAUCAGUCAAAAUCUACAGGUGGAGACAGUCUCGCAUCCUGUAUCACUCCAACCUGCCUGUCAUUCCAUAUUAUCCACCACGUUACUCAGACACUUUGGGGACAGGGACUCUGCCACAUGUGUACAAUUACGAGGUGUGCAGGACGACUGACUCCAGAAAGAGUGACUGUAAGUUCGGCAGAGCUGGUAGUCAGAACGUGCUGAUAAUGGACCCCAGUUCUACAGGAACGAUGCAGCGGAUACAGAGUGAAAAGAGCAUCCUGGAUGAACCAGACUCUCCUCUUGAGGUUAGUCUUAAAUGUUUUCUACAUCAUCAUACAAAUAUCAGAUUGCUUAAGUUAUAGAUUCAUAUAUAAUAC